CAUUCUCCCUUCUUCCUCCUCCUACAGGUCUACUGACGGUGACUGCUUGCGGUGGUCCUGAAGAAGUUGACGCCGCCUACCCCUUGACAGGAGUGACAGAACUUCCGCUCCUCACCCACACCAAACUGACGGGUGCCCUAGUGGAGGAUGAGGAAGAGGUGGAGGAGGAGACGUUGGAGGACGAGGAGGAUGAGGAGCCAUACUUUGAUGCCUCCAUGGCCCCGACCUACACAGCCUACCUGGGCAAGACGGCCACGCUCACCUGUAUUGUCCACGCCGCCAGCAGUGAUAAGUCGGUGUCGUGGAUCAGGGGUCGUGACCUGAGGAUCCUGACGGUGGGUCGCUACACCUACACCACCGACCUGAGGUUCGAGGCGCUCCACCAGCAGGCCAGCACCGAGUGGACGCUCAGGAUAAAGUCGGUACAGCUGCGUGAUCAAGGCAACUACGAGUGUCAGAUCACCACCAAGCCCAUCAGGACCUUCAACGUCUUCCUCAAGGUGGUAGAGCCGACGGUGGAGGUGUUGGGAGCACCGGACAUCUUCGUCAACCGCGCCAGCAUGAUCAACCUGACGUGUGUCGUGCACCACGCCCCCUACCCCCCUGAGGCUAUUACCUGGUACCACGACAACCAGACCAUCAGCUAUACGUCUCCUCGAGUGUGAGCGUGGUGGAGGAGCGGAGAGACCACCACCAGCUUCCUCCUCCUGCAGAACGCCCGGCCACUGACACCGGUACCUUCACCUGUCAGCCUGAGGAUGGAGCCUGCCAUAGCGACCCUACACGUGCUGGAC